ACAGCGAAGCACUCACAGCACCAACCAGCAGCCAGCGCGGAAUCCUGCACCACGUGACCGUGUGUUUCACGUGACGCCCCGACGUCACAGGGUCCUUAUCGAGAAGGGGAACUAGCCGCUACUGAGGCCCCGAACGCUCGACACCGAGAAAGUUGGUGUGAGGUUAGAGAGGAGGGCGCUAAACCGGGGGAAGAGCGGAAACCUGCGUGGAGAGGACGGGAAAGCUGAGUGCGGGCCACUGGCACCGAUGAGUGCCACACAUUGUGGUUCUGACGAGUUGGACUUCAGGCUCAUAUUCGGGGAGGAGGCGACACAGCCCAUAGGACCGGCAGUUUCGACAAAUUUGUGAAGACAUGUCCUUGUAGACCUAGGCAUGUGUGAUUUUCAGCCUGAUGACAGUGCAUCAUUUUUUAUCUUCAAUGUAGACCAACCUUUAUCAGCAGUGAAUCAGCCUAUUUCAGUCUCUCAGCAUGGACCUCCACAUCACUGCUCCACACGCACUCCCUCUUCCCGCUUGCAAAAUUAUAAGACUUAUGGCACAAAUGAAAUGCAGGAUUCUAUGUACAGUCAGGCUGGAGGUCCAAAGCCAUUUGAAUGUCCCAGCAUUCAGAUUACAUCAAUAUCUCCUAACUGCCAGCAAGAUACUGAAACCACAGAGGAACUCCACAACAAUUGCUCAGAAAAUGACUACAAUGAAAGACCGUCCCGUGACCACCUUUACCUCCAUCUUGAGCCAUCUUAUAGGGAGUCAUCAUUAAGUCCAAGUCCAGGAAGUAGCAUUUCCUCCAGGAGCUGGUUCUCAGAUGCAUCCUCUUGUGAAUCUAUUUCACACAUCUAUGAUGAUGUUGAUUCAGAGCUCAAUGAGGCUGCAGCCCGAUUCACUUUGGGAUCACCAUUGGCUUCACCUAGCUGUUCUCCCAGAGGGUUUCCCGGAGAUGAGACGUGGCAGCAAAUAGGCUAUGGUACAUCUCUGUCACCCAGACAGUCCCCAUGCCACUCUCCCAGAACUAGCAUUACAGAUGAGAAUUGGUUAAGCCCACGUCCUACAUCUAGGCCUUCAUCCAGGCCUACUUCUCCUUGUGGCAAGAGGCGACACUCCAGUGCGGAUAUCUGCUAUCAAAGUCCUCCUUCUCCCCAUCACUCUCCUACACCAUCUCCCAGUCAUUCACCAAGGGGAAGUAUAACAGAAGAUACUUGGAUCAGUUUGGCAUACACUUCUGUUCCUAAUGCUUCUCCAUCCCAGUGCUUCCAAGAGACUGCUGUACCCCUAAAAACAAGAAAAACCUCUGGAGACCAAAGUGCCACAUUGCUAGGAAAAGUUGAUCUUUGCACUGAAGAUCAAGGUAGUUUAUCUCCAACUCGUGAGACCCCCUCAGAGGAUAAUUCAGGUUCUCCCCAUCUACUUAAGAAGGACUCCUCCAAUGAUCAGUUUUUGUCUGUUCCGUCACAUUUUACAUGGAAUAAACCAAAGUCUGGACACACUCCUAUAUUUCGGACUUCAUCUCUGCCUCCAUUAGAUUGGCCCUUACCCAGCCAUUAUGGGCAGUGUGAACUGAAGGUGGAGGUGCAGCCAAAGACCCACCAUCGGGCACACUAUGAAACCGAAGGUAGUCGGGGAGCUGUGAAAGCUGUUACUGGUGGUCACCCAGUUGUGAAGCUUACAGGUUAUUCUGAGAAGCCUGUAAACCUGCAAAUGUUUAUUGGAACCGCUGAUGACCGCUAUUUGAGGCCGCAUGCGUUUUAUCAGGUGCACAGAAUAACUGGGAAAACCGUAGCUACUGCAAGCCAAGAGAUUAUCAUAACAAGCACUAAAGUUCUGGAAAUCCCACUCUUACCAGAAAACAAUAUGUGUGCCAGCAUUGACUGUGCUGGGAUUCUAAAGCUGCGGAAUUCGGAUAUUGAAUUGCGUAAAGGGGAGACUGACAUUGGUAGGAAGAAUACGCGUGUGCGUCUGGUGUUUAGAGUGCACAUACCCCAGUCAAAUGGAAAAGUUCUCUCCAUACAAACUGCUUCCAUACCUAUUGAAUGUUCCCAGCGAUCUGCCCAGGAGUUACCACAAGUGGACAAAUAUAAUAUAAAUAGUUGCUCGGUUAACGGCGGAGUGGAGAUGAUUAUUAUAGGUUCCAAUAUCAUGCCUGAGUCCAAAGUGAUUUUUGUGGAGAAGGGACAAGAUGGACGGCCACAGUGGGAAGUAGAAGCAAAAAUUGUGGGUGAAAAGAGACAAAGUGAAAUCGUUGUUGAAAUUCCUCCUUACCACAACAAGUCAAUUGUGACAGGCAUUCAAGUUCAGUUUUGUCUAUGCAAUGGGAAAAGAAAACGUAGCCUCUCCCAGCGUUUCACCUAUACCCCAGUUAUACUCAAGAGAGAACAUACUGAAGAAGAGGAUUUACCAUCAACAUCUUCUGUAUCUCUGCCCAAUGUAGCAAGCGUUUCUAAUCAACAAUCCCUGCACUCCGAUAGGUCUUCUGCAGAUCAGAGACCUAACCAGGAUAAUCUCAUGUCUGCUUUGGAUCGAAGUCUAGGAUGCCCUGCUCAGCCUACAUUCUCAACCCUGGUGAAUCAUGGAGUUCCCCGCCUUACACAAGGUAGGAACCUGAAUGAGAGAGCAGAAUGCCUCCCUCCAACGUUACAGCAGUCGUAUCAUGUAUCAGCUUCUGCCACCAGGUCUUCCUAUCCAUCUAUGCAGUCUAAUGUAAUGUACAAUGGACAGUCCAGUCUUCCGUUGAAUUCAGUCCCCACUCAGGGGUAUGAUGCACUGUCAUUUCAGCAAGAAGCAGGUAUUCCUCACUUGGUCAACCAUGGUCAUCAGUCUUUGGCGAUGAUGCAGUACCAUACAUCAAGAUUAAAUUCUUCCACCUCAUCUCCUGCCAUCCUUGAUCCAUUGGUCCAUGCAGUGCAAUCAUCACAUCUCCAGCAGAUUGGUUACUCUUGUCCAAACACUGGUCAAAGUACCAUUCCUUCAUCUUCAACUUCAAGUUCUUCUAUUGGGCAUUUACCCAUUCAGCUUCCAUCUGUCUCUUUUCACCUGACAAAACCAGGCCCUACCUCUUCCCUUACCAAUGCUAAUAAUACAAAUUCAUUAACACACUCGCCACUAUCCAGUCCAUCUUCUCCUCAAAUGCAGCCUAUCCCAUAUGAAUCACCAACAUCAAGUGUAAAGGCUUCAUCACCAUCUCCCACUUCCCUGGUUCAUUCUGGACAACUGCCUUCUCAGACCCACAGCCCUGGACUGGGUAGCCUUUCCCACAAUGUCACUCUUGGGCACCAUGCAAUUCAGGACUCUUCUCCAUUCCACCAUGAUGACACUUCUCUGUCUGUUAAACCUGAGCCUGAGGAUAGUGAUAUGACCUUCCAGUCAAUCGGCUUGCAAGACAUCACUUUGGAUGAUGUUAAUGAGAUCAUAGGACGUGAUAUGUCUCAUGGAGCCACAAGGAUACAAAGAGAAUGCCAUAAGCCCUUGGAGUCUAAUAUACCUGAAACCUGACCAUUGAUUUAAAAUUCUUUGUGGCAGCAGAAAGAAUGACGAGACUACAAUGAAAUUUUGAUGGUUAUCCCUAUUGCGCCCUAAUAUGUAGCUGAAUUUCUGUGCUUCCAGCUUUGUUGCCUUUAAGUCUCCUUGGGGAGAUUUUUUUACUCUUGAAAAUUCUCCAUACUGUAAAUCAUGGACACAAGUAGCUGCUUGCAAGUAUUUUACAGUUGCUGUUAAUUUUCUUUAAGUUUAAGUUGUGGUAAAGUUUAUCUUUUUUAACUGUUAGGAAUUGGACAUUUUCAUCCUUUUCAGGAGUUGUGAAUGGUAAAGCCUGAAAGGAUGUUUAAAGUGUCGCUACCUUUUAGAUUUUUUUCUAAAUAUGAAUGAAUGCCCCAGUUUUUUGCCUGUGUGCUCAGUGAAUUUUGUUCAAGGAAACAUGUCAUGAGCAUCACCCACACUAACCUGUUGGUAUAGGCAUGUAUUGCGGGUGACACUGAUGACAAGGAUGUUUACUGUUUUGCAAUGUGUAGCUCCAUUCCUUCAGGAAGCCCAUUUUUCGGUAUAUGCAACUGAGCUGUCUUGGUGCACUUUGAGCGUUCCUAAGCCCCAGUUGCUCGCUUUCUCCUAGCAAAGGCCUGCCUUAUGAAUAUGAAUAACCGUUCCCCUGUGAAAUCCCUCCAGAGGAGAGAUUUCACUUACUGUCUCCUUUUGGCUAGACUAGUGCAACACGUGCUCAGUACACACUGAAGGGAGGCAGGUUAACGAAAGUGAAAUCUUUCCUAACACGAGAGAGAUUUCACAGGGCAAGGGUUAUGCAUAUUCAGAAGGCAGAAGUUUGCUAGGGGAAAGUGGGCAAGAUGUCUGGGUGCACUUAGGGCUUGGGAAUGCCCUGGAUGCACCAAGCCAGCUCAUUUGCAUAUACAGGCAAAACGGUAUAAUGUAGCAAAUGAGCCAAGUAUCUCAAUAAGGUAAACACCCUUGUUGUCAGUGUAACCUGCAUGACAAGCCAAAUACCAACAGGUUAGUGUGGGUGAUGAUGAUGGUAGAUUCCCCUUAAACACAUAGAUUUCUGCAGGAUAAUGCUCACCGCUAGGGGGGAAACUGAAGACUUAAACCGAAAAAAAAAAAAGUGCUAAUUCAGGGGCAGCCUUGUCUUGUAGAAAUCUAUUCUUUUAUAAAAGCAAACUCUGUAACGGAGUAGCAACAUGUGGGAUCCCUUUUUAGAUAUUUUAUUUGUUUCAUGAGCCUGAACUAGGGCAUUCAUUUUUCUCCAAAAUCUUGUGAUAUUGACACUUUAUUGUAAAAAGCUGCAAUAUAAAAUACAAAUGCAUGUAAAGAAUUUAAAGAGUACUUGUCAUAUCCCACCCAAAAAAAAUGUUGUGUUACUCAAUACCUAUCAGGAUUAGGUACCUUACGCAGUACCUGAUCAUGUACAAAUAGUUGUGUCUAGCACCUAUAAAUACCUUAUUUCUGAUGCUCCCUUGGUUUUUCAUCCUGUGCACUGGAGGGGCUGUAUCCUUACCAUGCAUCAGUCUGCUGUGCUGGGUGUCUUCAUCCAAUCACUGCAGACUGCUCUGUAACCCCCUCCUCUCUGUUUUCAGACAGGAGUGAGCACAGAGGAGUGUUGGUCACCCCCGCACUAAUUGGGCUUUGUCCCAGCCUGUGCUUCAGCUGGGACAAAGAUAAUUCUGCACCUGAACAGGAUUAUGUUUUUUUAUAAGCCAUGAUUUCUAUUAAAAUAAGAUCACAUUUUUUAUUAAGUAUAUUAGAAAGGUUAAUGCUUUAGUAGUUCUUGUAUCUGACAGUGCUCAUGUUAUAAACAGCCUUCCUGUAGUCCAGAAGUUGCAAAAAAAUAAAAUAAAAUAAAGGAGCUAUACUAAUAAAUUUAUUUUCAAGUGUAAUUAAAGGGGUACUCCACUGGAAAACAUUUUCUUUUAAGUCAACUGGUGCCAGAAAGUUAAAGGGGUUAUCCACCAUAAGGUGAUUUUAGUACUUCCCUACCAGAACUGGGUGUUGCCUGUUCUAUUUAGUUCUCUAAACUACACAUCCCACAGUUCCAUGCUUCACAGUUUGAGAUUACUUUCCUUCCUCCCACAUAUCAGCCGCCCCACCUAUUAAAACACAAUGUUAUCUAACCAGGGGGCCUACAGCUGAUGCAAAAUUGAAGCAGGACAGGCUCCCUCUGAUCACCUGACUAGUGAUGUCAGGUUUCAACGCACUGCAACCUGGGAAAUCCAGGGACAUGAGUAAUUUAGUAUGAUAAAAAUAAAUAUUGGGGCUAUAAUUACAUAAGAAUUGUGAGACGACCGUCACACACAGUUACAGACACUAUAUUAUGAACUAUACUAACUCUACAGCCCCUGUAGCAUAGUCAAAUAAAAAAAAUGCCUGGAAUCCCCUUUAAACAGAUUUGUAAAUUACUUCUAUUAAAAAAUCCUAAUUCUUCCAGUACUUAUCAGCUGCUGUAUACUACAGAGGAAGUUCUUUUCUUUUUGAAUUUCUUUUCUGUCUGACCACAGUGCUCUCUGCUGACACCUCUGUCCAUGUCAGAAACUGUCCAGAGCAGGAGAGGUUUGCUAUGGGGAUUUGCUCCUACUCUGGACAGUUCCUGACAUGGACAGAGGUGUCAGCAGACACAGAAAGGAACGCAAAGAAAAUAACUUCCUCUGGAGCAUAAAGCAGCUGAUAAGUAUAAAGCAGCUAAGUACUGGAAGGAUUAAGCUUUUUAAAUUGAAGUAAUUUACAUCUGUUUAACUUUCAGGCACCA